AAAAAAAAAAAAGAAAAUAAACAAGGCUGGCUAACAUCCUUCUCCAGUAGCCAAUUCCAAAAUGACGUACUUGCCGAUUAUUUCAUUUCCCACACAAAUUUCAGCCCUCAAUUUUCCCCAAUUUCCUUUUUACCUAAAGAAAUAUUCGAGUGGAAUCUUCAUCGAUCAGAAAGUUUUGCAAGAUUACAGAAUGAUCUCUAAGUAGCUUACCAAACCCACUCUCAAUCGACCUUCAAACCAGCCAUGGAUUCAGCUCCUAAGAUAGCUACAAUUGCAAAGGAAGAAGAAGAAGAUAGGCUCAGCAAUCUUCCGAGCUCCGUCAUCUGUCACAUUCUCUCCUUCAUGCCCACAAAAUAUGCAGCAAGGACAUCCAUUCUGUCCAAAAUGUGGAAGUACCUUUUUCUGGGUGUUCCAAGAAUUGAUCUUCAGGGGACGUAUCAGCUUAUACGGCCUGAAAGGAGUAAGGAUUUCUUUAAUUUUGUUAAUAGGAGGCUUAUGUUGGGCAGGACAUCCUCCAUAACAGAGUUUCGAUUGAUAUGCGAUGUGGUACCUGAGCCUUCUAAGAGCAAUUUGUGGCUUACAACUUUACUCUUGCGUAAUAUCCAUAUUCUUGAUAUUGAUUUGUGGGAUGAAGCCGGUUGUCCUUCUCUGUGCCCACCCAACGAGCUUUUCGUGUCCAAAACUAUACAAGUCUUGAAACUAGGUGGAAUGAACAUUGUGUUGAAGAUUCCCGAAUUUGUCUGCCUUCCUCAACUCAAGGUACUCCACUUGAAAUAUUUAUCUGUUCAGUCUGAGUGUAGCCAUUUCAAAUUCUCUCAAGGAUAUCCCCUGCUUGAGGAUUUAAAGUUGAUAUAUAUCAGGUUUCCUGAGAAUGCUGUCCUUGGAAUAUUGGUUGCAACGCUGAAAAGGAUAGCUCUAACUGUUGGAUAUUGUAUGGAACCAGUCCGGGUUGAUAUUGAUACGCCUAAUCUUCAACAUAUUGAGUGUAGUCUUCAAGAUGAUAGUAGGCGUGUCAUCCAGUUAAAUUUGGUCAGCUGUGAAUUUCUGGUAUCGGCCAAAUUUGAACGCUCUCUUCUCUGUGAAAGUCAUUGGUUUCUUAAACUUUUAUGCGACUUCAACAAAAUCAAAUAUCUCCACCUAUCGGCUUUGUUCCUAAAGGAUUUAGGCCGGUGUGGCGAUUUGUUGCCUACAUUUCCAAAUCUGAUCCAUUUACAGUUGACUCCAAGUGAAGACUCAAUGUGGAUUCUACUUCAACGUUCACCAAUUCUAGAAGAGCUUGAUUGUGUCAUGGGUGGUAUGAUUGUUUCAGCUCCCCCAGAAAGUGGGCCACCAUGUUUUACUGAAAAUCUUAGAGAAAUCAGAAUAAGAGGAUUCGAAGGGGAUGAAGAUGACUUUGCAGUGGUUAGAUACUUUUUGGAGCACGCAGCAGCUCUCAAGAGGAUGAUUAUAGUGCUUGCAAGCCAUCUAGUGGAAAAAUGUCCGGUGUCUAUAUUGCAGUCAUUACUGAAGCUCAGACGGCGUUCACCAAAAUGUGAGGUUGAACUUCUUGGAAGUUAAAUCCUUGGCCCAAUAUCUUUCAAUCCAGUUGCAAAAACAGCCUGGAGUUCAUGCGUUUGGUGCCUGGACCUUUAUUUUUAUCAAAUUACUAGAUCGUAUGUAGUUUAUGUAAUUUCCGUUGUUUGAGUUUUAUGUCUUCAGUGGUUCCUUUUGAGGUUGAAUUAAUCAAUGCUAUUGCUAAUGCUAAAUUAAGCG